AAUUAAAACUACCAAUUUAAAUUCAAUUGGACCACAACGGCAACGCUGCUCUUAAUUACUACAAUUCCCAAAAUAUAGUGACAAACUCAAACACUAUCUAAACAUUUUUUAAAAAACACUGUCAUCAGUAUUACGUUGAAUUCCCUUAAUACCAGAUUAAAAAUCGCAUGAAGUAAAUUAUUUCAAAACAAAGUAUUAAUAUGAGUAUCUACAAUGAAGAUGAAUUGGUGGCUCCCAACUGGAUUAAUAACGAUUUCUUGGAAACUGUUUUACAACAAUAUGAAAAUAAUAAACUUAUAAAGCUUUUGGAGUACAGUUUAAGCCCGGCCUGUGUAAAGGGUGAUCAUUAUGCCAGUGUUAUGUUUAGAUGUAAAGUUAACUAUAUUGUGGGUGAAGCUAAUGAUGCCCAGCAAAAGUCAUUUAUAAUAAAAACUUUGCCCCUGGAAGAUGGUAUGAAACGUGAAAUGUUAAUGACAGCUAAAUUGUUCGAAACUGAAAUUGAUAUGUAUAGUAAUACGUUGCCGAAAAUAGAGAAAAUUUUAGCUGAAUGUGGAGAAGCAACAAAAUUAUCAGCUGACAUAAUUUAUCAUUCCUUGGAUCCACACAAAGUAAUCAUCUUGGAAGAUCUUUGCGAAUCCGGCUAUGAUACCGUACGCUGUCGUUAUCUCACUGAAGAAGAAGUUAAAGCCGUUUAUCGUAAACUUGCCAAAUUGCAUGCAGUCAGCCACAUGCUAGGUCACAGUGAGCAGCAUGAAUGUGUAACCAAAUACCAAGAUGGUCUGUUUAGUUCAUCAGCAAUUAUGUCAGAUGAUAUCAUAGCCAAUGGUUUAAGUCAAUUUAUUAAUGCUAUAAGAACAAACGAAGAAUUUAACAUAUAUUUGGACAAGGUGCAGACAAUGCAACCAGAACUGAUCUACAAAUGCAAGGAACUCUAUAGAGCCUAUCAAAUUCAUAAAGGCCAAGGAGAUAUUUUCGUUUUAAAUCAUGGUGAUUUUCAUAUGAAAAAUUUAAUGUUUAAAUUCAAUGUCGACAAACAAAUAGAAGAUUUAAUGAUGGUGGAUUAUCAAAUUAGCUGUUAUGCUCCCUCAAAUAUUGAUUUGACUUAUUCCCAGUACAUGCUCUUGAGUCCGGAAUUGCGUUUAAGGCGUAAUGAAUUUAUGCAGUAUUAUUUUGAGGAAUUUCUGAGAGUUUUAAAGAAAAUUAACUUUGAAGGGACAUUGCCACGCUAUGCCGAUUUUCAGAUAGCUGGUUUGAAAUAUAGACAUUUUUCCAUUUUCCUGUUUGCUACCUUUUUGCCCAUGGUAAUUGGUUUUAUGCUUUCAUCAGCCUCGGAUUUAAAGGACCAUGAUGCGGCCAAGUUAAUGGAAAAUCCAGAACUUAUGAUGUCUAUGGUUUAUCAAAAUCCAGAUUUAAUUGAAGAAAUACGCAAAUUUAUGCCGGUACUUUUAAGGGAUGGUUAUUUGGACUGAACACAAGUUUUUAUAAAAUUCUGAGUGAGGUAGAAUUUGUCUGUAAUAACACUGUGCUACAAAAUAAAACAAAAUAAAAUAUACUCGAAAAUUAGUGCAGUUUGAGUUCCAUGUUAAAUCACUUUGCAUUAGGAAUUUUAAAAAUAUCGCA